AUGGUGCGACGCCGACCGGCACACGAAAGAGACUGGAGUGGAUGGACGCCAAUGGAAGCGCAAGCCUGGAAGACGGGCGGAUGCCUGACGGCUUCCCCGAGAACUUUAGCGAGCAACUGGGAGAGUCGAAAGGCAUUCGUCCUAGCACCAUGGCGAACGCCGCCGGAGGUGAUCAUCGACGACAGAAUGACCGCAGUGGAAUAUCACGAGGGGAUCAUGGUACAGGCAUCACAAGAACGACCCUUAAUAGUGUACACCGAUGGAAGUGGCAUCGAAGGAAGAAUGGGAGCAGCGGUAGUGGUUGACCUCGAAGAUCAUGUCGCCCACAGUCAAAUGGGCGACGAGAACACAACAACUGUGUACGCCGCAGAGCUACGCGCUAUCGAGAUGGCGCUGGACUCGGUCCUAAACAGCACCGAGCCCUGGGCUGCACAGGCCGGGAAUGGGCUCGUUAUUUUUGCGGACAGCCAAGCGGCGCUGAAAGCGCUCCGCCGACCUCGUAUGCCUUCAGGUCAGAUUUACCUGAUUGGAUGCCUAGACCUCAUCCGACAACUGGCGGAGCGGGGAAUCAGAACUGAACUCCGAUGGAUUCCGGCUCACCAAGGAGUACUGGGCAACGAGACAGUAGAUCAACACGCGAAAGACGCGGCCCAGCAACCCGACGAUCCACAAAAUUCUCACAACCGAUAUAUCCGCCUCGCAGCCGCGACGAAGCGGCGACUCCGCCAAGAGGCAAGGAUCGAGUGGGAGCGAGCGUGGGCAUCAGAAAAGACCGGUCGACCGACCAAAAGGUUGAUUGAGAUACCAAGCAAGAAGACACUGGAAUACUGGUCGGGAUUACGCAAAGCGACUGCAUCUAUCCUGAUGCAGCUGCGCACUGGGCGUAUCGGCCUGGGUGCCUAUCUGGCCCGCAUCAACCGACGGGAGUCGGGUAGAUGCGAAUGUGAUCUAGGCAACCAGACCGUGACCCACGUAUUGCUUGAAUGCCCAUUGCAUCAAGAGGAGCGCGAAUGGAUGAGAAACGCCCUAUCUGAGAAAUGUAUAACGCUUCGCCAAGACGAACUUUUGACACAAUUGGAAGCGCGCACCAUUGUGGCCGAGUUCAUGACCAGAACCGGCAUCUUGGGCCAGUUCCAGGAGGUGGAUCCAAUUGCUCUCGGUGUGGAAGAGGUAGAGAAACAAUGA